AUCCUGCCUAUUACUUUCUAAGAAGACAGUAUUCCUAUUCCCUGGCAGUGAAAUAGAAACAGCAAUAGAAAUGCCCUGUAAGACAUCAUAAUGGCUCCUAAAUAUGCUCCGAGUCUUCGGCGACUGCCGCCUGUCCUGGCGAUAUGUUUGGAAAUAGCGUUCAUACUUAUUUUCAUUUUUUUUGUUCAAUACGAUGAUUCUUAUAUCCAGGAUGAAACCCAAUCAAAAAAACGAAAAACUGUUACAACCGUCUAUGCAGACUUCCAAGAUGUCCACGUGAUGGUGUUCCUGGGAUUCGGCUUCCUCAUGAGCUUCCUGAGGAGAUAUGGCUUCAGCAGCACCGGGUUUAACCUGCUUGUGGCUGCCUUGGGAGUGCAGUGGGCCACGCUAGUGAACGGUUUCUUGUUUGAAUUCAGCGAUGGGAAAAUCAGGAUAAACAUGAUGAGUUUGGUGACUGCGAAUCUCUGUGCCGCCUCAGCACUCAUCUCAAUGGGAGCCGUGCUGGGAAAGACCAACCCGGUUCAGCUCCUCCUCAUGACUCUCCUGGAAGUUACCAGCUUCAUUUUCAACCACUGGUUUCUCACCACGUUCAUUAAGAUGGACUGUGUUUCCAGCAUUAUGCAUCACCACGUCUUUGGGGCUUACUUCGGCCUAAUGGUGUCCUGGGCCUUACAUCGGCCUGGACUGAGACAGAGGCACGAGAAAGAAAAGUCUUCAACUGACAUGGGGAAAUUCUCAAUGCUAGGUACAAUCUUCUUAUGGAUGUUUUGGCCGAGUUACAACUCCGUGCUGAUCGAAGGGAAAGCUGAGAAGAUGAAUGCUGUGUACAGCACUUACUUUUCACUGGCUGCGAGUGCAGUCACUGUAUUUGCCUUUUCAGUGCUGAUCAGCAAAAAAGGAAAAAUGAACAUGGUUUAUAUCCACAAUGCCACUCUGGCUGGGGGCGUUGCUGUUGGAGCAGCAGCCACAGUGAUCCCCUCUCCAUGGAUUGCAUUGACCAUCGGCUUGACUGCAGGAUUGAUCUGCAUCCUGGGAUGCUGGUUGAUGAAGCCAUUCCUUGAAUUAGCGUUUGAUAUCCAUGAUACCUGUGGUGUCCACUACGUGCACGGUGUACCUGGGAUCCUAGGAGUGCUGAUUCGAAUCGUCAUAGAGCUGGCCACAGCGUCCAACCUCCAAGUAGCUUGGAGCGAGGCGGCUUUUUACUUGCUUGCUCUUUUCAUCACCUUGGCACUGAGUCUUGUAUUGGGACUAGUUACAGGAUUUCUUUUAAAAUUGAACAUAUGGAAGCCAGAUCAGAAAUACUUUGAUGAUCAAGCGUUCUGGGAGUUCCCUCAUCUAGCCGUGAAACUUUAACAAGGAUGCAUGUGACCCCCCCAUCACGUAUUCAACAGACUGGAAUGAAAUGAAAUACCUGGCCACGGGAAAGCCUUAAAACUGUGUAUUUGUAUAAGAUACACUGCUGUCGAUUUUGGCUUUGUAUGAACUUAUGCAUCUUCUUCAUAAAGUGUGUUGUUUGUUCUAUGUGUGACAUUUUCAGUUGAUCUUAUCAAUAGCCAAUCAGAAAACAGCCUGUUUAGAUUAUUUAUGUAAGGCUCUAACAGUGCGUGAGAGUCUCUAUAGUAUAUUUUGCAGUUUAUAGUAUACUGUUAAUGUACAAUACAUGUAAAGGAAAGACUUCCAGAGCCACUCUUUGCUCGAGAGAGAGAGAGAGAGAGAGAGAGGUGACGUGUGGCUCUUGAAAUGCCUUAUCGAUUUGUUUUGGUGUGACAUUACCAUUUAUUCAUAUAAAUCAGUCGUUGCAGAUCAAACAAUUGUCAACAGGUACGUAUUGGAAACGCAUUAGUCUAAAAGUAGUUCAAUUCAACACCCCGACAAGCCUGUGUUAGACCUUCUCAUCACUGUGCAACUACAACGAACACAUCUCUAAACAGAACUCUCCCUAAUCCCAACCAGCUGGGACCAGACCCUGUUCUUAGUUUAAUUGUUUGGCUAUCUGAUUAUAAUCUGUACCAUACUAAAAAAUGUCUAGUCUGUUUAACAUUUCAUUAAAAACUCAUUAACAACCUUUUCAUUAAAAACACAGAGACCGUUUUAAACAGUGUCCUUACAUUCGGAUAGUGACGUGUGGUUUGUACAGCUGCUAUCUGCAUGCAUUUCAUUGUGAUUGCAUGGUUCGGUCUACAGGUCAAUUCAGAUGAUUGGAUUUAAUUAGUCUACAGUACUGCUUGUUGAAUUAUAUACACACAAUAUGCAACAAAGAGUUUUAUUUCAUACGACAAAGCUAUGAGAUGUUGCUCUAAAUUACAUUUUGAAAGUAAAAGCAUUCCUGUUUUUAUAUCCAAAAUUCAAAUGUCAAAUGUUUUCCGUCUUUGAUCUACAUAUUAAUAAAAAGAUAAGCCAAGUCCCAAGACUGUUUUAUUUUAAAGUUUCAUAUCUUUACACUCUACAGGCCCGACAUGUGCAUCUACAGAUUAUAUAUAUGAAAGUUUACUUUAUGAUUGUUAAAUGUCAUUAACGUUUUAAGCUCCACUUUUCAAUCACACCCACGUUUAGAAGCAAGAUGCAGUGUUCUGUGGAACUGCACAUUAUCUUAACACAAAUUCAGAAGAACAUUUGCACAGGUAACUUUGGCCAAGACUACUUACUUUUGUUGUCAUCAGUCUUAGUCGCAACAAAAUAAUUUUUGUAACAGUAAAAAAAAAAAAAAAAAAAGGACAGCUUGAUAACUUUCACCAAGUUGAUUUGUAAAGAAUGUGUCUUGCCACUACACUAUAAUCUCACUUCCUGUGUUUCAGGUAAUAGGACAGGAAGUGAAGAUGGACAGGACAGGGAUUAUAGUGUUGUGGCAUGAUAAAUGUGCUUCGCUGAAAAUGAAAAUACAUUACAUCAUGUUUUUCAAAGCUUUGAUUAGUACAUCCAAUAUCAUUGCUUUCUCAAUAUUAAAAAAAAAAAAAACUAAGUAUGCAUUUCAGGCAAGUCAGUUGAGUUAUUUACAACAACAUGUCAGCAUUGUAUUUUCUGAAAUAUGAAUUAACCAGUAGUGUAAUUCUCAUUUUUGGCCUUUGACGUUAGUUUUGAAGCACAUGAAUCCACCUAGCUGGUUAAGCUGUAAUAAUACCUUCCAGGUCAUUUUAAUAUCAAAGCUUUUUCUUCAGUUUCACUACUCUUUUAUACACCUGCAUUAGCAAAAUGGAUUUCAUGGCAUUCAUAAGAAAAUAGGAAAAUUUGGGCUUUUUUAUUUUUGUGUGUGGCUGAUCAGUGUACAAAUUGUAACUGGAAAAAGCACACACACAAUAUUUAAUGCAUUAAACAUAAAACAGAGCUCUGAACAGCGGUGUGAAUUAAUAUCAGGUGCAGCACACCGUAAGACAUACACAAAACGCAGCAAAUGAAGAGUCAGCCAGCUCGCUUGCUUCUAAAAACUACUAUGCAAAAUAUGCAUUACAAUACAGAAGGAAAAAAAAAAACACAAUAAAUCUACUCUUCUGCCAACAUGCA